AUGAAAAAUUUAUUAAUGGAAAUUCUUCUUAAGAUUUCUCAUAACCAAUGUAUGCACAACACGCUACGUAACUUAUCAAUAAAACCAUUAAAAACGAAAAGCGAAAAUCUCAAGAUAACUCAGAACAGUAAACUCGAAAACCCUUCCGAAAAUAAAGUAGCAGCUUUACAUGAUUUAAAAUAUAUUUCCAUGAAAGUUGCUUCAGAUGUUUUAAUCUUCAACAUCUUUUGA